CAAUCAAACAUAACAUUAUACUUAGCGGAGGUGUUGUCAAAAACAUUGCUACCGCCAAAACGCAUGGCAGAACCGGAAAAGGGGCAUGUCACCGAUGAGAGGCGUUGGCAAGGCCGCCCCGAUCCCAAUCGCAAUGCACCCAGAACCCGGAUCCGUCGAGAGCAGUCACACCCACCACAAUCACAUCAUAACCGCGAGAAAAGCCAGCGAUGUCUUCGUCGUCCCAUCAAAUCAGAGCGUUCUUCGAAUGUGCCGCAACCUCUGACGGAUACUAUAGUGGCGGGUAAGUACCGCCUGCUGAAUCGCAUUGGAAACGGUUCCUUCGGGGAACUGUACCGCGCCGAAGGCCUCAAAUACGGCGAGCAGGUGGCCAUAAAGCUGGAGCGCGCUUCUGUUAAAUAUCCUAUGCUGCCCCGCGAGGCCAAGAUCUAUGGAAUCUUGCGGGGCGGGGCGGGAAUCCCCCACGUGCGGCACUACGCAACCGAGGGAGUGCAUAAUGUGAUGGUGAUGGACCUGCUGGGUCCCACCCUGGAAGAUCUCCUGAACUUCUGCUCGCGCACCUUCAGCAUGAAGACCACUCUGAUGCUGGCCGACCAGAUCCUGAGCCGCGUGGAGUACCUGCACCGCAAGUGUUUCAUCCACCGCGACAUCAAGCCGGAGAAUUUCCUGAUGGGCCUGGGCCGCCAUCGCACCCAGGUCUUCAUGAUCGACUUCGGGCUGGCCAAGAAGUUCUACAGCCUGCACUCGCAGCAGCACAUCGGCUACAGGGAGAACCGGGAUCUGGUGGGCACGGCCCGAUAUGCCAGUGCGCGGGCCCAUUACGCGGAGCAGGGACGUCGAGAUGACCUGGAGUCCGUGGGCUACCUGCUGCUCUACUUUCAGCGCGGUCGUCUCCCAUGGCAGGGAAUCCGGGCUCAGUCGCAGGUCCAGAAGUACGAGAGGAUAGCCGAGUCCAAGGCGAAUCUGCCACUUCAAACUCUUUGCUCGGGCAUGCCCAUCGAGUUCUACCUGUACUUGAAGUACUGCCGAAACCUGCCCUUCUACCAAAAGCCGGACUAUGUGUAUCUGCAUCAGCUGUUCAAGGUGCUCUUCCGAAACCAGAUGAUGUUGUAUGAUUUCCAGUACGACUGGGUGACUCUGCAGCGGGAAUCGAAGGCUCUGUGCGACAAGCAAAAGGAUGAAAAGGUGAGAGAAAAGCAAACGAAUGGGGACAGGGAUCGAACUCGUCAUGGGAAUGAGUAUCGAACUGAGAACAAGGAUGUGGAACAGGCUCGGAGUUCAGACAGAAAUCGAAAUACAAACAGGGAUAAUGGACUGGAGCAAACUGUAAAAUCAAAUAAGAACCGGGAUCGAAAUAAAGACCGAGGGAAAGGACGUCAUGAAGAGGAUAAACCCCCAAAGAAGGAACGCAAGGCCUGCUCCUGCAGUUAUCACCGGCACAAGAAGCACCAUCGAGAUCGCCAACUGGAGCGGCAAGCCGAGCGAAGGCGGCCUCAUCCGGAGCAGCCGGAGGAGUUCCACCGGGUGCCGCCCUGCCUUUGAUAUUAUUCACCGUUGCAUAUGUUUCUGCGUCUUGUUAAUUAACUGCCGAGCAACUAUAUUUAGCGUGACGUACCCAUUAACCCCUCUCAGAUCCUUUGUUCGUCAAAUCAAUGGCUCGGAUAAUUGGCAAGUUCUGCCUGAGCACAGAGAAGCCAACUGGCAACUUCGCAAACAAUGGGGCGAAACUUUGUGGGGCGUCCUGUACAGAGAAAUCGAUACCCUGGCAUCUCUCAGAUCAUGAAACAUUUUCAAACGUUGCAAUAUACAGACAACAAAUUAUGUGAGAUUAAAAAGUUUUUUUUAAAUACAUAUUUUAACUAAGGGCCCAAUAAUAAACAACACAAAA